GGUAGAAAAUGGCGAGUCUGUGCAAAAGCCAACAAUGCACAAUCGAGAGGCGCGGUUUUCGGCAGGAACUUGACUCAUGGCGGCAUAAACUAAUUCACUGUGUAGGAUUUGAAAGCAUUCUGGAAGGGCUGUUUGGACCAGGACUUGUAAACGAUCUUACCCUAUUUAAAGAUUGUGAGCCUGAAGGAGUUUCUGAUUGGUCCUUUGAUGAAAAUUGCCUCUUCUGCUGCCUAAGACGUGAAAAAGUAAAGGAACAUUUGGUUGGGUUGAGCAAUCAGACUUUGGAAGCAGGAGAGAAGGCCAUUUACAGACAAGAUCAGUCCAAAAUUAAUCGUUUAGAGAAGCAAGCAGAAGAGUUUCUCAAUGCGGUAUUCUACAGAAAAGAUGUCCCCAGGGUCUUUGAUCCAAAAAUUCCUUUAGUGGCUCGUGAGAUAAUGCAGCGAAUGAUUCGACAGUUCGCUGCGGAAUAUACCUCAAAAACCAGCUCUCCUCAGGACUCCAUCCAGCCCAACGGCACCAAGGACCAAAGCCUGCCGAAAACAUCCUCAUUUGCUCCUGCAGAGAAUCCUGUGCUCAGCAAGCUUCUCAUGGCUGACCAAGAUUCUCCUCUUGAUCUUACUGUCAAAAAGGUUGAGACUGAAUCUAGUGACCAAGACGGUGUUCUUGAUUUGUCCACAAAAAGAAGUCCAAGCACUGGUUGCACAUUUUCAAAUACUCCUCCCAAUUAUUCAUCAGCUUUUCUGGGAAAAGGGCGACCAGGAAGAGCUGACCACAGCUAUCGAGAUGGACAUUCCCAGGAUGCUGAUGGGCUACCCCAGAGAAGCUUGCAGGACGGGAUGAGGGAAGGUUACAGCCACUCCAGUCCAAUUAAGCCACCGCUUGCUCGAUCACUACAGAUUAAAGAGGAGCUGCAAAGCCGGAAGCAGCAACUGCAGCAGCCACCAGUGUCUCUAGCAAAUCUGGAAUCAAUGGGAAUGGUAAACCACAGACAGCAGUUAUCAGUCUCCAGGGAAAGCUCUUGGAAUAAGCCACAUUUUGACAACCAUCUCAAAUUUAGAGGAAAUAGUGCAAUUAAUGAACUGAAGGACCUCCCCUUUCUUUUGGAAAAUUCUUGUGCAUACCCCAAGGUCCCAGCACAGCUGAAAAUCCAGGAAGGGAAAAGGGACUCUGCAUACUCUGCUCCUGUUGAUCUGAAGAUCCCUCAGGUCAGAGGCAUGGACCUGUCUUGGGAUUCCCAUGGCUCUGAUCUCUAUGGUUAUGGAUCACUUGUUGUAGGUUCUCACUCAGAAAAUGCACUUAACAAGAAACUGCGAGCAAUCCUCCCAAAGCAAAGCCGAAGAGAGGGGGGGGGGGGAGGGGGAGGGGGCAUACUUGAUGGGGGUCCUGAUUUCUGGGGGUCAGAUGCAGAACAGUCAACCUCUGGGCAACAGUACCCCACCUCUGACCAUGAGGGUGAUCCUAAUUCAAAGCAGCCUAGGAAGAAAAGAGGUCGCUAUCGACAAUACAACAGUGAAAUUCUGGAGGAAGCUAUUUCAGUAGUGAUGAGUGGAAAGAUGAGUGUGUCAAAGGCACAAAAUAUUUAUGGGAUUCCUCACAGCACAUUGGAAUAUAAAGUGAAGGAGAGGCUUGGAACUUUGAAAAAUCCUCCAAAGAAAAAAAUGAAACUAAUGAGAAUGGAAGGGCAGGAGGUGGUGGCAGAGUCUGAUCCUUCCCCAAGAGGGGAAGGAUCACAGGGGAUAAAUGAUUCAAAAGAUGAUUAAAGAAAAAAAGGGUUGGGCUUCAAUAGUGCCAAUUUACUUUGCAGUAUCUAGGUGAGCACAAAUGCAGAAAUGAAAAGAAACUUUUACUAAUUGCUAACCUGUAAGUGUUCUCUUUAACGCUGCAGCAAGCAUUUGGUUUUAAACUUAAAAGAAAGUGCAUUGAAGCCAAGCAUUGUGACACCUUGUAAAUGUAGUGAAGCAAGCUAAGUUGUCCUCCCUGUUCCUUCCAGACAAGCUUGACCUCAGAGUGCUGUUAAAACAUGGCUAUUCUGCAGGCUUGGGACAAAAUAUUUAUUUAUUUGGAAACACUAGGAAUGUUGUAGGUUCCAGUGCAGAUGGCAAGAUGGUUAUUUUCUUCCAUCCAGCAAAUUCAAGUUGUACCUAUCAUCUUAUGAUGAUAGUAUUUUUGCCCCUCCUUUUGCGCAUUAAAUAAGUGAACUUUCACUGUUUAUGUGAUAAUGCAGUUGCAAUCUGAUGCCUCAGUCUUUUGUGCCCCUCUUUGUGUAUUCACACCAGGAUUCAGAAUUGUAUACAGAUUCGUAUACUUCAAAUCCAACUUGAGCAUUUUUCCUCCAUCCAGCCUUUUUAAGUACUUUAUUAUUAAGGCAUAUUCUCUAGCUAGGAGAUGCAUUUGAAGACCAAUUUUAAUUUAACAGAGAUGACUGCAUUUUGUAUUUUGUGUGUGUUUAUUUUUUAUUAUUCAUUUGCACUACAUAUUUUAUUGCUAUAUCAUUUUCUGUCUGUUGAAAGAUUGUUGUGAGAUCUUGUAACUUCACAUUUGCCAUUUUUCCUUUCCUCAAGAUAUUGAUGUAUUUUUUUCCCCCGUGAGGAGGACUCUUGUUAAUUCUUUCUUUGAAGAAUUUCUCAAGAUAUGGAGCUUUAUAAAAUAGUAUGUAAAUCGAAAGUUUAACUUCCCUGAAGAAUCUCUAGAUACUGGACCCAGUACAUGAAGUUGCUUUUUAAUUUUCCUUUUUAUUUUUCCUCACUUAAUUCCCAAUAUAGAUGUUGACUGGGUCCUUAAUAUAAGCAACUUUCUAGAUACAGUUUAUGAUGUUUGCUACAAUAACAUUUUCCUCUUUUUAAGUAAAUAUUUUAUUUUUUAUCUCGGAGGAACUGAGAUAUGUUAUCAGUCUUUUGAAACCAUGGUAUCUCCUUGUUAAUAGCUCAAAACACCAAUGCACAUUUGCUGCCUUGAUAAAUGGACUCUGUUGUGAAAGAGGCAAUGAUACAAUAUAUUAUCACAUUAUCAUCACAGUCAAAACUAUAUCAAUGUUUGUCCUAAUUGUCUUUCAGUUUUGAUGGGAGAACACAUGGAGAUAAAACAAUUUUGCUAAACCAUUGAUUAUAUAUGUUUUUAACAUGACUAAACUUGUGGUAAUGGAGGACAGGGAAGGACUGUUGUACUUCAAGUCGACAUUUUCUGUAAAAAGUCCUUUGUCCACAAGUAUUUGAAUGACUGACUUGUUUUUAUAUUGGUGACAUGAAGUGGGGUGAAUGUGACUUUGAAUUUCUGAAAAUAGCACUUUUGUAAGGGGAGGAUUAAAGCUUUAGUGUCUGAAUUGAGAAAGUUAAAAGUAUACAAGACAAAAAGCUCUAAAACAUACAGCUUGGACCCAAACUAUUUCACAAUUACCUCUAAAGCAUAUUUUUCCCAUUGGUGGCUGCUAGCCAAAUUUACUACUUUAAUUUGAACUUGUCACUACUAUUGAAAACUAAACAACAGUGCUUGCUUAUUUACUAGUGUAAAUGCAUUGGUUUAAACCUUCACCAUCCUGCAAUACAUGCAAAUCUUUGAUCCUGGAGAAAGGAGACAGUUCAAUUUAUUGCAAACUGUUUUCCAAAGCUGUGUAGUUUUUUGAAAAUAUUUUAAUGUAAUGCGGUCUGCUUUAUACUGUUAGCACUUCAGAUAUCGUGGCACUCCUUUAUGUGCUACCUUUUUCCUCAUAAUUUCAGUGGUGGGGAAAAGCCCGUUUGGCUUUCAAGCAGUCUUCAGAUUACUUCAGUCAUAUUAGACAUAAAACUAAGUACAUAUUUAUCCUUUUGAAGUAUUUUCUGACAUCAAACAUUACCCUCACUACCUUUAUAAAUGUGUAGCAGAUUUUGACAUCUGAGCAAGUAUAAGAUUCACUUGCAUGGGACAAGUAAGCAAAUUAUUUUACUGUUUUGUGUAUAUAUGUGCUCAAUAUAUGCACAUCUGCACAUGUUUUUAAAAUCUAAAAUAGGUUAUCAAGGUUUAAUCUAAAUUAGAGCAAUCUUUUUAUGUAGUUGACUGAUCAGCACAGAUUGAAAGAAUUGUAUACUUGCAGGUAGGAAAACUGAUUUAUCUUUUAUUAAGUAUCAUUUUUAUUGAUUCU